AAUAAGACAUCUCCAAGGUGAUGUCAUGGAGGCAGCAAUGAUGCUGUUGCCCGGCGCCUGUAUCCUUGUAGCCAGACGGGGGUAAUCGUAGUCACCGGUCCAUCAGCAGCAGCAGCAGCAGCAGAGAAGACGGAGACAGAGGGGGACAGACUGAGAAGGAUCUUCAGCAUCCCUGGGGAGUAACAUACGCAGUGAGAAGAUGACUCUGGCAGCCUACAAAGAGAAGGUGAAAGAGCUCCCCCUGGUGUCUCUGUUCUGUGCCUGCCUGAACCCGCAGACUGCAGACAAACCUACAUACAAGGCAGAAGAUGCGGUGGACCUGGGCUGGUGCGUUAUCAAAGACGUGGAAGUCAUUGAGCUGAACAAGCGGACAUCUGGCCAGGCCUUCGAGGUCAUCCUCAAGCCCCCGUCCUUCGACGGAGUGCCAGAGCUCAACACCUCCAUGCCGCAGCGCCGCGACCCGUCCCUGGAGGAGAUCCAGAAGAAGCUGGAGGCUGCCGAGGAGAGGCGAAAGUGCCAGGAGGCGGAGCUGCUGAAGCACCUGGCGGAGAAGAGAGAGCACGAGCGUGAAGUGAUCCAGAAGGCCUUUGAGGAGAACAACAACUUCAUCAAGAAUGCCAAGGAGAAGCUUGAGCAAAAGAUGGAGGCCAACAAGGAGAACAGGGAGGCCCUGCUGGCUGCCAUGCUGGAGCGGCUCCAGGAGAAGGACAAACACGCUGAAGAAGUGAGGAAGAACAAGGAGAUGAAGGAGGAAGCCUGUCGGUAGAUGAGUGGAGAAGAAGAAGAAAGAGAAUGAGCAGGACUGGGAGAUUUUAGAGUCGGUUAAAAAAACAAAACAGUGCAAGAAAGAAAAAGAACUCAAAAGCAACUCGAACAAAAGGAAAAGCCAAGUUUUCAUAAUUGAUGUAUGCUGUAACGAUUAUGAACAAGCUGUACAAAGUUUAGCCAACUCUUGAUGUUGAAAUUCAAAAAGAAAUCUGUCUCUUUUUUCUAAAAGAAAGUGGGUGGGGGGAUCGGGUGGCAUCAAAACAAACAUUUCACAUUUUUAAUAGGGGGGCGGCAUUGGUUGUUUGGUGAGAAUGAAAGCUGCAUCAAAGCAGGAGGAGGUAACAAUUUAAAUCAUAGCUCCCAUUCCUGCAGUUUUUUAAGUCAGAAAGCAGGAAAAGAAUAGGACCAAGGAUUGAACCCUGGGGUACACCACACGUCAGCUGAGCAGAUUAACUUCAGCAUCAUUAACUAAGAUAUGUUUUUCUUAAUGAUGCCUUAUAUUAGAAAUUGUAACUGAAUGCUGCCUAUUUGGCAGCAACACUACUAAUUACAGGGUUUUUAUCCAAUUAGACUGUAACUAUGAAGUAGGGAGUUGUAAUCUAAAUUGUUACCAAGUAAAAGAUGAAAAAUGUGUUAUGUGCUUAAACAAAACUGGACACAGAUGUAGUUUAGGAGCCCUAGUCAGUCACAACCAGUACAAGUCAGUCCCAGGCUUCUUCAGUCUUUGAUUUACAGCAUACUUACCAGUCAAUAUAAACAGAACAUACUGUAACACUAACUUUUGCGGUUUCCAAAUUAAAAAUAAAAAUUGAUUUCCCAAGGUCAACCGCUCUCGUGCGUAUUCUUAGCAUGCACCAUUUUUGGAAUUGUUGGGUCUGUCUGGGGACAUCUGCGUGAGCUGAACUCAGUGAAUCUCACAAUAUUGUUUAUGAAUAUAAAAAUGAAGAAUCAGGCUCUUGUUUCUUUCUACAGUGCUCCAGGGGAGUAAAAAAAAAAAGAAGAAAAAAAAGCUUGAAAAAGGAGGAAGCUCUGCUGUAUUUUGCCAUUUUCAGGCUCUUUGUCUUUAAAUGUAGUGUACGUAGUUGUAGAUUAGUGACAUGCAUUUGAGUCUUAGAUUUAGAGCACUGAUUGCACUCUUUGUUUAUUAAGCACAACUCAAAAGCACAUAUGCACACAUGAAGGACAGUUGAUAUAUACAGUAUACACAACAAUAACAUCACAAGGAGGCAAAGUAUUGAGUGACAGUAGUUCUAAACUUGGACAAAUUUGUUUUUGAAAGGAAGAGUUUUGGGGGUUUCUGGCUAACCUUGCUUUGGCAUGUGUCACUGUGCUCUGAUGUCAGUCUAUGAUUUUCAAGGGAAUGUAAACCUAAAAGAGUAAAUGAAAAAGAUGAAAUUUGUUUGAGUUGUUGAGUCAUACUGACUUGAUUGAAAUGUCUAAAAUGUUUGCACUGUAAGCGGGGAGUCGUUACAUGGGGUUUGUACUUGCUGUAACUGUGUGUCGCUGUCUAUCUUCAAGGCUGGAGUGAUUGUAUCUAUUUGGCAUGGUCAGUAAAAACAGCUGAAAACUCA